AUGAAGACAACUUGGAGAGGUAAAGAUCCAGUUUUUCAAAGGAUGUAUGUAUGCUUUGAUGCUUGUAAGAGAGGAUUCUUAGAAGGUUGUAAGACAAUAGUGGGAUUUGAUGGUUACUUCAUCAAGGGAGCUCAUCCAGGUCAACUACUCACUGUUUUUGGGAUCGAUGCCAACAAUGGUAUGUUCCCAAUAGCAUUUGGUGUAGUGGAGAUUGAGAGCAAAGAAUGUUGGACUUGGUUCUUAGAAAUCUUCUUUAGAUAUGUAGGUAUCACAUAUGGAAAUGGGCGGGUGAUCAUUAAGACAAGCAAAAAGACCUAG